UGUGGACGUCGAACAAAAUCAGCAGAACCAGUCACUACUUCCUUUGCGCUGUGGAUUCAUGUGCGUUAUUGUUUAUCUUUGAAUGCAAAUGUAUUUAUUGCAAACUGGGAUUGCAAUUAUUUCCUGAUAUAACUGUACUGGCUUCUCAGUAAACCGACUCUGAACACCCAUGCCCGCCUCAGAUUGUUGCCUUCGUCUCUGCAGAUGAUGACCAACUCUGUCUUUAAAGGAGAGGACAAGACAUCCCCCACAGGGUUCCAUCCUAGAGCUACAAGACCCUAGAAUGAUGACCUGCUCUGUCUUUAAAGGAGAGGACAAGACAUCCCCCACAGGGUUCCAUCCUAGAGCUACAAGACCCUAGAAUGAUGACCAGCUCUGUCUUUAAAGGAGAGGACAAGACAUCCCCCACAGGGUUCCAUCCUAGAGCUACAAGACCCUAGAAUGAUGACCUGCUCUGUCUUUAAAGGAGAGGACAAGACAUCCCCCACAUGGUUCCAUCCUAGAGCUACAAGACCCUAGAAUGAUGACCAGCUCUGUCUUUAAAGGAGAGGACAAGAUAUCCCCCACAUGGUUCCAUCCUAGAGCUACAGGUCCCUAGAAUGAUGACCAGCUCUGUCUUUAAAGGAGAGGACAAGACAUCCCCCACAGGGUUCCAUCCUAGAGCUACAAGAUCCUGAGACAUUAGUUUAACAGAACACGUUUCUCUGCCCAGAUUGAGACUAGGGGUAAUGUUCCCCUACUCAGAUGUUACAUUCAUCAACCAUUGCUAUAACAUGAUGUGGUUAGUCGAAACUUAAAAUACAUAUCCAGGCGUUGUGAGGUCAGGCGUCAGCAACUUCUGAGCAGAGGAACGCGCCUUACAUCAACUCAAAAUAGAGGGAGGAGAUUCUCUGCAUAGCGUUAACCUGAAUCAUCUCAAAAUGGCUGCUAUCGUGAGACUCCACAGACUAACGAAGGAUCAACUGUCUCUUGCUGCUCAGAAGAACAAUAACAAACCAGGCAGAAAACCAACGAAGAAGAAAAACUCCACCACCAGAGGAAGGAACCAAUCCACAGGAAAAGGAAACAACUCUGCUGACAGUGAAAGUGUUUGUAGCCAGGUAUCAUCGGCCCCUAAGUGGUGGGGUCGCCCCAAGGGAAGCAAAAACAAACCCAAGAUAAGUCUACAACUCUCCAGCGCCAUCUUGAGGCCUGACGAGGUAAAACAAGAGGUGAAACAAGAGAUGGACGAGCUGCCUGUCGGUACAGAAGUGAUGAACACUGGUUGAACUCUGUGAAGACAGAGAGCUACGACCCAGAGAUGGGUAACACCAGGGGACCUACAGAGAGCGACCCCAGGACAGAUGCACAUCAGCUGGGUAUCAAGACGGAGGAUGCCCCCCUGUACCACCAGGAUGGAGGGAGGCGGCUGCGGUCGGCUACCGUUCAGCUGUUCAAUCUGGCUGCGUUGCGGUCUGAGCCGGAAUGGUGGCCUCGCAACCAGAAGGUCCGCCGGUUCCCGUGUCCAGACUGCGGCCAGAAGUUCUUCUCCAAAACCACGCUGGAGUUACACUCCCGGAUCCACACCCAGUACCAGCCGUACUCCUGUGAGGUGUGCCAUAAAACCUUCUCCCGGAAAGGCGGUCUGGUCGAGCACCGACCAAUCCACGAGGUGGAACGCCCCUUCGCCUGCCUCCAAUGCGGUAGAACCUUCACGUUCAAAUCCAACCUGACCCGGCACAUGCGGUUCCACAGCGACGCGCGGCCCUACGUCUGCUCCCAGUGCGGCCAAGGCUUCAAGAUCUCCGCCCAACUCAAGAGCCACAUGAUUUCCCACAGCGGGUAUAAACCGUACGUGUGCCCGGAGUGCGGCCAGAGUUUCGUCCGUUACAUGAGUCUCAAGUAUCAUCGGCUGAGCCACACCGGCGAGCGCCCGCUGUCCUGCCCAGAAUGUCCCAUGACCUUUGCCCGGCCGCACACCCUUAUGGUCCACCGGCGACAGCACACUGGGGAGACGCCGUUCUCUUGCCAGGACUGUGGGAAGAGGUUCAAACAGGGGUGCCAACUGAAAGACCACGUUAGAAGGAAACACACAGGGGAGAAACCAUACAAAUGCUCCGAGUGUGACAAGUGCUUCGUCACUUCGGCGUCUCGUAAAGUACACAUGGUUGUCCACACAGGAGAGAAGCCGUACAAAUGCACAGAGUGCUGUAGGAGCUACAGUCAGAGUGGGGGCCUGAAGAGGCACAAGUGUGAGCAGCAAACCAG